AUGGUGGAUGUCAUCCCGCCUCCUUCUGAUACCGAGCCUCCAAUUAUGGUUCUUGAGGCGUUUGAGAAGUCACUGUGGACUGCACGGUUACGGCGUCCCUUUUCUUUGGGGGAGAUUCGAUCUGUUAUGAGAUCUAUCGCGAUUGGACUGAGUACUAUACAUCACAAUAAUGUUGUGUAUACGGACUUGAAGAUGGAGAACGUCCUAGUCAGUGGGUUCAACAAUGAGACUGCAGGCUCCGGCGAACAUCUGGUGACGAAGAUCGCCGAUCUUGGGAUGGUACGGCCGCCCUCCAAGGGCUCCAUAUCCGCACUCACAUAUCGUAGCCCUGAGUACCUACACCUGCUUCAAGCCCAUGCCUAUUUUGAGGAACCUGGAAUGUUUGACUCCUUGAAGGUCGAAGGGACGUUGACAGACAAGGAGAAUACUAUCCGGGCGGUUAUGGCGCAAGAGUUCGACCUUCACGCGAUCGACUAUUACAACUCGGACCCAGAUACGCGACAGCUGUUGCCACCAAAGGAUGAGACGAGGACCGAGCUUGAUCAUUGGGUGGUAAAGCUCAUCGAUAAGGAUAUCCCGGAAAAGGAUCUUGAGACAGUGCAUGUCGCGCUCAAUCCUGUUCCGGAGCUACGCCCCAGUGCACUUCAGCUUCUGGAGUAUGGAUAUAUUUAG